AUGUGCACCGUAAAAUGAAAAGUGCAGCUGCGCACGCGACGCUGCGAAAAAAGUUCCGCAUAUAUAAGCGAGAUAACUAGUAUAUAUAAGCAAUCGCAGUAACCGUUGAAAAAUCGGCGAUGGAGUUUUGAUACACGUAAAAACAAAAAAUUGGGCCUUAUAGAGAGAUAGAGAGACAAAGUAAAAUCCAAAAAAAAAACCAACCAUGUCGGGCAUCCAACUGGACGACCUGCUCAAGGACGACAAGCGCGACAAUCUGCUGCCCGACCUGAGCAAGGCCACCUGCGAGUCCGCCGAGGAGUUUCGCCGCCUGAUGGAGUGCUGCCCGGAGUUCCGGAUCAAGCCCGAGAAGGUGCGCAAGGAGGACGCGCGAGUGCGCGACAAGGACUUCACCUGGAAGACGACGAAGCGCGAGCUGCGCUCGAUCGGCAAGGAGUGGUGCUACGGCGACCCGGUGCCGCCCGACAUGAGAUCGCUGGAUCUGCAGGAGCUGCAGCAGGUCGGCAUCGAUUGGCGCAUGCUCACGCCGAUCAGGCCGAAGCUGCGCGCCGACGAGGAUAUGUUCUCGCGAUUGGUGGAAAUGGGCAAACUGGCAGCGAGGACGAGGGCCCGCGAGCGUCGCAGCUUCGUCAGUCCCGUGCGCAGGGCCAAGAAUCGGGCCGGCAUCGUCGAGAGCAGCGUGAAGAUAUGCGGCGACUGCGGCGAGGAGUUCUGCGCCGGCGAGUCGUGCGGCGACGUGCUCUACGACUCGUUCAUACGCGUGACCGUCACCCAGAUACAGGAGAAGCCGAGGAUCACGGCCAACGCCGCGGCCAUCAUCGCGGGCAUGGACACGAGUCAUCUUGCCGGUAAAUCUGGAAAGAAGAAGAAGGGCAAGACGCAGUUCGCGGGUAAAAAAACCGGCGGCGGCGGCGCCCGGCUCAACGUGCGCAAAGGCACCAACGCCAGUAAGACCAACGCGCGAAAAGAGAGCAACGCGCUCGACGACAGUCGGAAGCAGUCCAACGCGGCCGGGACGGCCGCCGCUGCCGGAGGCGUCAAGAAGUUUCAGCGCAAGUGCAGCAAGUACCCGACCAAGAAGAAGAGCACCAACGCCGGUCAGAAGAAGAAGAAGGCCGGACAGGCGUCGGUGCGACGGUCCAAGGCGAAGACCAAAUUACGUUGAAGUAUCAUUGAUUAUUGCGCUGUUAGUUGAAAAGUCGAACGUUUUGUAAAUGCUUAUA